AUGGCAGACGCCGAAAUCAAUGGAGAGCAAACGCUGGACGCAGGUCGUCUGCGCCAGGUUGCCCUCUCCAGCUCCACCAAGAGGCGCUCUGCGGAGCUGCUCUCUUUGCACGACAAGAUUGUGAGCNNAAAGGCUGUGGAAUUGUGCCUCGUUGCCAUCUUCUCUACCCCCGAAACCGACGCCCACGUGUCUAGCUUCAUCGCUGCUGUCGAGAACGAAACCAAGAAGCCUAGUCUGGCUCCUGCCAACGCAUUUGUCUUGAUCCGCUGGUGUGCUCUGUUCCUCCAACAAUUCGCUCUUCAAAAGUCUCUCUGGGAUACCUGGGGUCUCAAGAUUGUUCAGGCUCUGGUCCGCGCUACAAACACCUUCGAGACUUCCAACCCUCGUCACAGUACCCACCAGACCGUCCUCCGCGUUACCCGCCGUGGCUUCAGAAAGCUUUUCAGUUGUGAUUUUGGAGAGGAUGCCUUGAACCAGUCGAUUACUGCCCUCACCACGAAGGCUGCUGCGCCUGCCCCUCAAAAUGCUCUGGUUCUUGGAGUGAUCGCUGGAGUCAGUGCCCGUCUGCCCAAGCGCAGUGCCUCAUUUGAGGCUAGAAAGUCUGAUUACAAUGCUUUCUUCCUUCGUGAAUUCAUCGGAUCCCGAACUGUUCUCCCUCAGUUCAUCGCAAACUCUUUGGUUGAUUAUUUCAACUCUUUCAUCAAUCUGGAGGAUUUGAAGAAGGAAAUCAUACCCGCCAUCGAAAAGGCACUUUUGAGAGCCCCUGAGAUUGUCUUGAAUGAUCUUGUUACCCCCAUGAUUGAGGCCCUACCCAAGGAUCUCGACCUUUCCGAAAUUCUUGCAAACAACCUUCUGAAGCCUCUUGUCUCAAGUGCAAAGUCCAGCAACGCUACUAUCCGCGCAGGUGCUCUGAGAACUUUCGCUGCAACUGCUCGCCGCUCGCAAGACGACAAGCUUAUCGAGAAAGUGUUGGGUGAGAUUCUAACUCCUCUGAAAACUGGAAAGGUACCUUCGGCCGACCAGAAGAUCAUCUUCGCACAAAUGCUCGCGGCGUUGAACAGCUCAGAAGCUCUGGCUGCCUCGAUACCCCAGGGUCUUGCGCCAGUUGCAGCAAAGGAACCUAAUGAGGCAGCUGCAAGUGCCGAGAUCGCUGCAGUUUCUAAGCAUUUGAAAUUCGGCCUUGAAAAGGGCGUAGCUGUAAAUGCUGCAACCAUUGAUGCUUAUACAAAAGGUGUUGCUGAGAAGCGACUUCCUUUCCGCAAGUUGUGGACUCUAAGUAUCGCCGAGAUUGUUUGGUCGCUUGAGGGUGAUGUUUCAAAACAGCCUGAAGUCGCAACUAUAAUCGAUGCAGUGAUUGGCAAGAUGAUCGAUUCCUUCAACGAGGUAGUUGCUAACCCCAUCUCUGCUACUCAAAAUGGACAAGUCACUCUUGCUUGUGCUGUCACUGCUUUGUCGUUAGCAAAGGUUCCCCAGCUUGCAGAGUUGAAGAAUGCAUCCGUUGUGAAGAAAGCCUCGCUCCUGGAUCGCGCCAUCGCCCUCGAACCCAAACCUUCUUUCCUCCUAAAUACCCGCGUCUAUACUAAACUUACUUCUCAUGAAGACUUGGUCUGGUUGACAAGAGCACUUGCCGCAACUAGCUCUGGUAUCGCUUCUUCGAGCCCUGCAAUCCAGGAUGCCUGGGCCCAGACAUUCAUCUACCUCAUUGUGGCCUCUGGCCUACCAGCCACUGCCCGUUCCGAGACAAUCACUUCAUUAAGAUCUGCUUAUUUGGCUCAGCCUGAGGCAGUCGGAAAGACCAUCACUCAGGCCCUAGCUCACUGGUCUGCGGACGUUGAGCUGGAAAGCAAGGAAAGUGCCGCUCUACUUGCAAAGACCGGCAGACACGAACUUCACAAAAUCAUUCGAUGCAUCUGCUUGACCAAGGAAGAAACCGCUGCUGGACAAGCCACGAUUGAGCAGAGUGUUUUGGAUAAUCAAUUGAUCGACUUGCUCGUCUUGUGUCGACCGGAAUUGAUGCCUAGAUCCUCAUGGAUCGAGGCAUGUCUCAGGACAGGCACCGAUCCUGGCGAGCUUGUCAAGAGAAACACUUCAAAGUGUAUGGACCAGAUCGUUCGUGUGUCCGAAGACAAAUUGCUUUCUACGAUUCCUGCAUUCCAACUUGCUGCCUUCCAAGCGACCGCGGACUUGGUGUUCGUGGCUCCUGAGGAAUUGACACCUGUUGUCUUAAACCAGAUCUGUGAUGACUUGGAUCCUAAACUGCUCCAGGACGUUGGUCCCACUGAGGCUGCCAUCUUCCGCACACCUGAAGGUACCGCCUUCAUCGAUGUGCUCGCAAAACAGACACAAGCACAAGCCCCCAGCAAGAACAGCAAGGACUACGAUACGUACAAAUGGGAGCAAGAACUCAGAGAUCAACUCGCCCAGAAGAAGGGUACCACGAAGAAGUUGACUGCUGACGAGCAAGCCAAGGUGAAUGCUCAGCUUGCAAAGGAAGCCGAGAUUCGUGGCAAUGUCACAACAGUAGUAGCCAAAUUGAGAAGAGGUAUUGGCAUGGUUACUGGUCUUGUUACUGGACCACCGACAGAAGCCGCUGACUGGUUCACUGUAACCACAGCGCGCUUGUUUGAGGUUAUCAAUGCCGGAGCAGGUCUCAUCCUCGGUGACGCUGCUGUCCUUGCUUACCUCGAGUGUGCGCAGAAGACUUCUUCUCGUUUGGGUCCUAUGCGCUCAUUUGUAGGUGUUGCAGCAUUGAGAGCUGCUGGCCUGACCACUCUACCAGUAGCCAUGCAGGAAGAACCCCUCGGUGACUUGAUCACUCGUGUACUCUACCGCCUGCGAUUCUUGGGUGAACAAAGACCUCUUGACGCUGUCACCUUGAGUUACUGCCUUCCCCUCGCUUUCUUGGUCCUAGAACAGGGCGGUGUAGGCAAGUCUGAGGAAGAGGAGGCUCAGGAACAAAUCAUUCUUGCCGCUGAAUUCCUUAGUUUCCACGCUGAGACCUGUGGCGAACCGCGCUUGGCUCGCAAGGAAGUUUUGUCCGUCUUGGUUGCCUCGCUCCAAGCUUACCAACAGCACUUCCGUCUGUUCAAGGACUGCUUCUCUGAUAUCUGCAGAAGUGUUGCACCAAACGCUACCGAAGCCGAAACCGAUGUGGUAGUCAAGGCCACCAUUGUGCCCGAAGCAUCUGUGCGCGAAGUAGCUUUGCAGGUCAUCAGCGCUGAAUUUGAGCUCUCCGGCAAAGACUUCUAUGAUGAGAUUUUCCUCGCUACACACGAUGAUGUUGAGGAAAACGUCGAACUGGCACACGAGAUCUGGGUUGAGAACGAGCUCAAGACAUCUCCGGAAUCAGCCGACACUAUUAUCAAGUACCUGACUUCGCAUGAUAUCCAGCUUCGUCGUGCUGCUGCACGUUCGUUGGCAGCACUCGUGCAGGAGCACUCAAAUAUCUCAGACAGCGUCAUCUCUCGCCUGCAAGAUACAUACAAGGAAGAUGCCAAGCCGAGAGCACCCCAGCGCGACAAGUAUGGCAUGCCCAUUAAGAUGGACUUGUCUGAUCCUUGGCAAUCAAGACAGGGUAUCGCCCUUGCUUUCAACCAACUUACCUCAACCUAUAACAGUGAACAACUUGUGCCCCUGAUGCAAUUCAUGGUCGCAGAUGGUCCUUUGGGAGACAAGAGCGUGAAUGUUCGCGAUUCCAUGCUUGAUGCCGCAACUGCCAUUAUCGCCGCCAAGGGCAAUCUGCAGGUCGAAACUCUGAUGGAGUUGUUCGAGACUACACUUGAAGGAGGCUCCGGAUCAUCGACUCAGGAUGCAGUCAACGAGGCCGUUGUUAUCUUGUACGGUGCCCUUGCUCGUCACUUGAAGGCUGGUGACAGCAGAGUACCUAAGGUUGUCCAACGUCUCCUAACAACACUCAACACCCCAUCCGAAUCUGUUCAAUAUGCCGUCGCCCAGUGCCUGCCUCCCUUGGUCCAGGCCUCGAGCAAAGAGGCUGGGCAAUAUGUCCAGCAGAUGAUGGAUACCAUGCUUACGUCCAAGAAGUACGCUGCCAAGAGAGGUGCAGCUUAUGGUCUGGCUGGUAUCGUCAAGGGUAGAGGCGUUUCUGCUCUUCGCGAAUUCCGUAUCAUGUCGAACUUGGUCAGCGCUACGGAAGAGAAGAAGGAUCCCUACAAGCGCCAAGGUGCUUUCCUCGCCUACGAACUCAUGUCCCUCAUUCUGGGCCGUGUCUUCGAGCCAUACGUCAUUCAAAUUGUGCCUCAGCUCUUGUCUGGCUUUGGUGAUGCCACCACUGAUGUCCGUGAAGCAUGUCUAGAUGCUGCCAAGACAUGUUUCGCUAGUUUGAGUUCUUACGGUGUCAAGCAAGUUCUUCCUACUCUGCUCGAGGGUCUUGAUGAGCAGCAAUGGAGAAGUAAGAAGGGUGCCUGCGACUCCCUUGGUGCCAUGGCGUACCUGGAUCCAGAGCAAUUGGCUGUCAGCUUGCCUGAAAUCAUUCCCCCGUUGACCGAGGUUUUGAACGACAGUCACAAGGAAGUCAGAGCAUCUGCCAACCGCAGUCUGCAACGCUUCGGUGAUGUUAUUAGCAACCCUGAGAUCAAGAGUCAGGUCGACAUCAUCCUGAAGGCUUUGAGUGACCCUACCAAGUACACCGACGACGCUUUGGAUGCUCUGAUCAAGGUCAACUUUAUUCAUUAUCUCGAUGCUCCAUCACUGGCGCUGGUUGUUCGCGUCCUGGAGCGUGGUCUAGGCGAUCGCUCUGCAACAAAGAGAAAGGCUUCCCAAAUCAUUGGUAGUCUGGCUCAUCUUACUGAACGCAAGGAUCUCAUUACCCAUCUGCCUAUCUUGGUUGCUGGUCUCAGAGUCGCUAUCGUCGAUCCUGUUCCUACAACUCGUGCUACUGCUUCAAAGGCUCUUGGUUCAACUGUCGAGAAGCUUGGUGAGGAUGCUAUGCCGGAUCUUAUCCCCAGUCUUAUGGCUACCCUCAAGUCAGAUACUGGUGCUGGUGACAGACUUGGUUCUGCUCAGGCUCUCAGUGAGGUCCUUGCCGGUCUUGGUACCAGUCGUCUUGAAGAGACUCUGCCAACUAUCCUGCAGAACAUUUCAAGCUCCAAGCCCGCAGUCCGCGAAGGUUUCAUGUCUCUAUUCAUUUACCUGCCUGCAUGUUUCGGUAACAGCUUCUCCAACUACCUGUCCAAGAUCAUUCCUCCGAUCUUGUCUGGCCUUGCUGACGAUGUUGACACCAUUCGCGAGACUGCUCUGCGUGCCGGUAGACUGUUGGUCAAGAACUUCGCCACUCGCGCCAUUGACUUGCUGCUUCCAGAACUCGAACGUGGUCUGGCGGAUGACAGCUACCGUAUCCGUCUCAGUUCCGUCGAGCUGGUCGGUGAUCUCCUCUUCAACCUCUCUGGUAUUAGUGGAUCCGCAGAGCAAGAAGAGGCCGAGGAAGGUGCCAAUGAAGCAGGUCAAUCCCUCCUCGAGGUUCUUGGAGAGGAGAAGCGCAACAAGGUUCUGUCUGCAUUGUACAUCUGCCGCUGCGAUACUUCUGGCCUUGUGCGUACCGCAUCCAUCAACGUCUGGAAAGCACUUGUCGCCUCGCCUCGUACUCUUCGCGAGCUUAUCCCUACGCUCACCCAACUCCUUAUUCACCGCCUUGCAAGUCCCAAUAUGGAACAGAAAGAAAUUGCCGGAAAUGCUCUGGGAGAACUUAUCAGAAAGGCUGGAGAAGGUGUUCUAUCGACUUUGCUCCCCACUCUCGAGGAAGGUCUUCAGACCACCGACGUGGAUGCCAAGCAGGGUGUCUGUAUCGCUCUGCGCGAAUUGAUCGCAUCUGCCUCCGCCGACGCACUCGAGGAUCACGAGAAGACUCUUGUUUCCGUCGUGCGUAUUGCAUUGGUCGACAGCGACGAAGACGUCAGAGAAGCAGCCGCAGAGGCGUUCGACUCCCUUCAAAAGGUUCUCGGCAAACGCGCCAUCGAUCAGGUCCUACCAUACUUGCUCAACCUGCUCAGAUCCGACGAAGAUGCAGACAAUGCUCUUUCGGCUCUGCUUACAUUACUUACCGAGCAGACCAGAUCCAAUGCCAUCUUGCCAAACCUUCUACCUACCCUCCUUACUCCUCCCAUCACUGCGUUCAACGCNAAGGCUCUGGCUUCGCUUGCUCAAGUUGCAAGCUCUGCUAUGACGAGAAGAUUGCCAAACAUUCUCAACGCACUUAUGGACAGCAUGCUCGCAACAAAGGACGACGAGCUGCGUACCGACCUCGAGAACUCCUUCGAUGCCGUGCUCUUGUCCAUCGACGAGUUCGAUGGCCUUAACACUGCCAUGAGUGCCAUGCUUGCUCUGACCAAGCAUGAAGACCACCGUAGAAGAGCCCGUGCAGACUUGCAUCUCGCCACGUUCUUUAAGACAAGCGAUCUCGAUAUAUCGCGCUACUACCCUGACCUUAUCCGUACGUUGCUCAUCAGCUUCGACGACAGUGAUGCGGAGGUUGUCAAGGCAGCAUGGAUCGCUUUGUCAGCGCUCACUGGACGCCUACGCAAGGAGGAGAUGGAGUCCUUGGUCUUCUCUACCAGACAGACACUCAACCAAGUCGGUGUUGCAGGCCACAAUCUGCCUGGUUUCUCGCUGCCAAAGGGUAUCAACGCUAUCCUGCCUAUCUUCCUGCAGGGUUUGAUGAACGGCUCUGCCGAGCAGCGUACAGCAUCUGCAUUGGCAAUCUCGGACAUUAUCGACCGUACUAGUGCCGACGCUCUCAAGCCUUUCGUCACUCAGAUCACCGGUCCUCUGAUUCGUGUUGUGUCUGAACGUUCGGUCGAGGUCAAGGCUGCCAUCUUGUUUACCCUCAACAACCUUCUCGAGAAGAUUCCCGCUUUCCUCAAGCCCUUCUUGCCCCAGCUGCAACGCACCUUCGCCAAGUCGCUUGCCGAUACCUCAAGUGAGAUUCUUCGUAUCAGAGCCGCAAAGGCCCUUGGUACGUUGAUCACCCUCACUCCUCGUAUCGAUCCUCUCAUUGCUGAGUUGAUCACUGGCUCGAAGACUGCAGACGUUGGUGUCAGAAAUGCCAUGCUGAAGGCAUUGUACGACGUGGUUGUCAAGUGCGGAUCUAGCAUGAACGAGGCUUCACGAACUGGUAUCUUGAGUCUGAUUGACGCCGACACUGGUGACUCUGACGAAGCAUCUGCCAUCACCAACGCACGUUUGUUGGGUGCUUUGAUCAAGGUUCUUCCCGAGGAUGUUGCUGGAGGGCUUGUCAAGGCUCGUGUCCUUACCCCUGACCACACCUAUCCCUCUGUUCUUGCCCUCAACUCCAUCUUGGCCGAGGCUCCUGAAUCGUUGACCGGACCCUUCGCGGAUGCUUUGCCCUCUACGAUAUGCCAAGGCAUUGGCAGCAGCCAACCUGCAGUUGCAGACAAUUGCGUCCUUGCAGCCGGCAAGUACUUGCUCACACCUACAUCCGACAAGUCAUUCGAGGUCGUCAAACAGAUCAUGGAAGCUCUUGCCGCAGCAAUCGCACCCGGCAAACCCGUUGACACACGCCGCCUGGCACUAGUCGUGCUGCGCACCGUCUCGCGCGAGCAAAACGACCUCGUGCGCCCACACCUCGCUCUCCUCACCCCCGCCGUCUUCGGCAGCGUCCGCGAUAUGGUCAUCCCCGUCAAAUUGGCCGCCGAAGCCGCCUUCUUGGCCAUGUUCAGCGUGGUCGAAGAAGAAGACGCCGUCUUUGCCAAGUACAUGGCUGGCCCUGGCGCAGAGCUUGCACCCGGCCCCAAGAGAAGUCUGCAGGAUUACUUUAAGCGUAUUGCGACUAGAUUGGGAGCACAAGCUAGAGAACGCAGGGAAGCGGAGGGUGGACAAGGUGGAUUGGGCUUGUCGAGUGAUGAGCAGGAGGAUAUGAAGGAGGUGUGGAGUGUUGGUAAGGUGGAUGUUGAAAGUGGCGCUUUCAAGGAUGAGUAA